GGGGGACGAGCCGGGGCAGGGGAGGAGCUGCAGAAGCUGUCGGAGCCGUCCCUUGGGAGAUACUCCUCGAGGUGCCCAGGCUAAGAUUGGUGGGGUAACAACAGUGCAUUCUAGAUGGUGUGAGACCACCCCAGAGCCCAAAAAUGGCUACAGCCCUGGAACUGGAAGACCAGGAUCUUUGGGAAGAAGAAGGAAUUCUAAUGGUGAAACUGGAAGAUGAUUUCUCCUGCAGGCCAGAGUCUGUCUUGCAGAGGGAUGACCCUGUGCUUGAGACCUCCCACCAGAACUUCCGACGCUUCCGCUACCAGGAAGCUGCAAGCCCUCGAGAAGCUCUCAUUCGACUCCGAGAACUUUGUCAUCAGUGGCUGAGACCAGAGAGACGGACAAAGGAGCAGAUUCUAGAGCUGCUUGUGCUGGAGCAAUUCCUCACUGUCCUGCCUGGAGAACUGCAGAGCUGGGUGCGGGGCCAACGGCCAGAAAGUGGCGAGGAGGCAGUGACGCUGGUGGAGGGUUUGCAGAAACAACCCAGGAGACCAAGGCGGUGGGUGACUGUCCAUGUUCAUGGCCAGGAAGUCCUGUCAGAGGAAACAGUGCCACCAGGAGCAGAGUCCGACUCACCUAUUGAACUGCAGGAUCUUGUGCAGACCUCCACCGAAGAGUCCCGUGAGGACACUACCCAGAGCCCAGGUCUAGCACCGGAAGAGCAGACCCUGUGCCAUGAAUUGGAGCUCCAGCCCCCUCAGGAGAGCGAGGUUCCAGUGCCCCAGGACCCAGAUCUUCCUGAAGAGAGGAGCACUGGAAACCCAGACAUGGUUGCCCUUCUUACCGCUCUGUCGCAGGGAUUGGUAACUUUCAAAGAUGUAGCCGUAUGCUUCUCCCAGGACCAGUGGAGUGAUCUGGAUCCCACACAGAAAGAGUUCUAUGGAGAAUAUGUCUUGGAAGAAGACUGUGGAAUUGUGGUCUCUCUGUCAUUUCCAAUCCCCAGACUAGAUGAGAUCUCCCACGUUAGAGAGGAAGAACCUUUGGCCCCAGAUAUCCCAGAACUUCAAGAAACUCAAGAGCCAGAAAUCCUGAGUUUUACCUACACAGGAGACAGGAGUGAAGAUGAGGAAGAGAAUCUUGAACGAGAUUUGAGUUUGGAAGAUCUACACAGAUCUGUUUUGGGAGAUCCAGAAAUUCACCAGACUCCAGACUGGGAAAUAGUCUUGGAAGAUGAUCCAGGGCGACUUAAUGAAAGAAGAUUUGGUACAAAUAUUUCUCAACUUAAUAGUUUCACAAAUCAUCAGGAAACCAUGCCUCUUCAUCCCUUGUUAGGGAGACAUCAUGACUGUACUGUCUGUGGGAAAAGUUUCAGUUGUAACUCUCACCUUGUUAGACACUUGAGAACUCACACAGGAGAAAAACCCUAUAAAUGUAUGGAAUGUGGGAAAAGUUAUACACGAAGCUCACAUCUUGCCAGGCACCAAAAGGUUCACAAAAUGGACAGUCCUUAUAAAUUCCCUGUAAACCAGAAGGAUAUGGAUAAGACCUCCCCUCCAGUCCAGGCUGAGAAAACACAUGUUGAGAAACCUUAUAGAUGUGAUGAGUGUGGAAAACACUUCCGCUGGACUUCAGAUCUUGUCAGGCAUCAGAGGACACAUACAGGAGAAAAACCCUUCUUCUGUACAAUUUGUGGCAAAAGCUUCAGCCAGAAAUCUGUGCUAACAACACACCAAAGAAUUCACCUUGGAGGCAAACCCUAUUUGUGUGGAGAGUGUGGAGAGGACUUCAGUGACCACAGGCGGUAUUUGGCCCACCGGAAGACACAUGCAGCUGAGGAGCUUUAUGUCUGUAGUGAGUGUGGACGGUGCUUCAACCACAGCGCUGCAUUUGCCAAACACCUGAGAGGACAUGCCUCAGUGAGGCCCUGCCGGUGCAAUGAAUGUGGAAAAAGCUUCAGCCGAAGGGACCACCUUGUCAGGCAUCAAAGAACACAUACUGGUGAGAAACCAUUCACGUGCCCUACCUGUGGAAAAAGCUUCAGUAGAGGCUAUCACUUAAUCAGACACCAGAGAACCCACUCAGAAAAGACCUCCUAGCUAGGUCCCAUGUGAGAGAUUUGCAUUUACUCUUUACCCAGGGUUGGGCCCUCUUGUCAGCCUUGGAAGACCUUUCUUAGGGAGUCUCCCUGGCUUGCUCAGAUCUACAUAACCUCUUCCUACAACCCUGAGCAGAACCUCUAAAUCUUCUUCACCUUGAGAUAAUUUUGCCCAAAGUAUAAACUGAACUGAGCUGCUCCUGCCUCUACCUCACAGGUUUGAAGUAGGAGAAUUGGAAGACUUUCAAGAGGUUGUGGUUAUUAUAUUUUCCCCAAAACUAGGCUGUUACAUAUCCUGAAGACUACUUAACAGCCUCAAGUUUAAAGUGGCCCUUGAUAACCCCUUAGGUUUGGUGAGGGAUUAGCCUUUAGGGCUCUGUCCUUACAGGGCUUAAAUCUUAAAGCACAUAGCCCUGAACUCCACACAGGAGAUUUGCAUAUUGAUGGCUUUGCCACACAUUCACAGGAUAACUCUACAAAUCUCCUCUGAUACACUUCACCACAUACUUUCCUUUGAUCCUGAGGAGAAAGAGGACAAGUGUCUGAUGAGUGAAAACCUCAAGGCUGCUUCAUGUGGACUUUAUCAGGCUGCUCCCAUCCCCAUUGGCAGAAUGACAUCAGGUGCCAGGCACUGCUGGAAAGGAUAGUCAGAAGCCUCAUGAGUUUUUCUUUACCAGUUAGACUACUCAUGCUCACAGCCUUCCAACUAUUCUACCAGUCUCUUGGUUUUGUUUCUAGCACCUCUCCAACAAGUGAUGUAGCGUUGGGUGCCUAGGGAUUCAGUAAGGCAUAAUUAAUCAUUAUGAGAUUAUUUGCAUUCCCAUAUGUCUACAAGUCCACUCACCCCACCCUCUUUGUAUGGGUUCGUAAGGGGAUUUUGGAACAGUGUCAUCUUACCAAGGCACUAUGAUAAUUAUACAAUCAUGACUGACUGGGUCACUUGAUUUACAUGAAGACAACUGAAGAAGAUCAGAUCAAACCAUGGAAAAGUAAGGAAAAGCUAUGGCUAUUGACUAAGGCCAUCAAGGUUAUUCUCCUGACACCCAGUCGCCAUCAUGCCUGCCUCGGUUCUCUGAUAUCAGGGAAAAAUGAAUGCCAGCACCCAGGAUCCUGAAGAAGACCAGGCUUUCAUUAUUUGUGUUGUUUGCUUUUUCUUACGUGAUUUCAUUUUCAUGUAAUUAAGAACUAAAUAGUAGUAUCUCAUGGCCCAAAGAUCUCUGUUGCCUGAUUUAAAGUUUCCAUGAAGUUGAGGCUAACUCAUAUGUACUCCACCUGCUCUGACUGUGGGAGUGGCAAGGAGUGGGAAGACCAUCCUCCAUAAAUGGAGUGCAGGGUGUGGGAUUAAAGCAUGAGAAGGCAGACUGUCUACUAUGCCUGGUCACUUCUGCUUUGUUUCUCAGUCCAUACUAUGUCAGCGUGUACCAGAUGGCUGUGGGAUGGCCUGACCUUAGUUCUAACAGCUCACCAAGGAAAUUUUCAUUUUGGUUAGUAAUGCUAUUCUGACUACCUUCUUUGUUUUUACCACCAGUUGGCCUUUGUCCUGCUGGAAAUACACACAUGGAAUAAAUAAAGGUAGCAU